UUGGUGUUUUUGGUAUCAAUAAUGUUUUACACUACACUGGUGACAACGGUGAACAUCAACAACAAUUGCCAAAAGAUGAUAUCGACAUCAUUGAGGAAGAUCGGGAAGAUAUUUUGGAGGAUGAAGAGGAUAUUCCUGACAUAUUUGAAAACGAAAAUUAUCUCCUUCCAAAUUUAAGUGACAAUAAUUUGAUCAUGAUCAUACCUACUUUAUCUGAACACAUACGUUGUGCAAGUCAUACACUUGCCCUAAUAACAACUACUGAUAUUAUGAAAAUAAUUAAUUCAACCAGUUCUCUUAGAUCAAAACAUGAACAAGCAAUAGCUAGGUGUAAUCAUAUAUGGAAAAAGCAGGUCGUCCUAAAUCAGCUGAAGUGAUAAAAAAAGUAUUAGGACAUACUUUAAGUUACCCGGGUGUGACUCGUUGGAAUUCCAUGUUCGAUGCUCUGAACCAGAUUCUUAAGUCUAAAGAAAAACUGGAAUCUCUAUACGAAAAAUUAAAUUUUGCAAAACAAGAUCGGCUCAGAGAUACUGAUCUAAAUUAUUUAGCAGAAUUAUGCCAAAUACUAAAACCGUUUGCUUUGGCACUUGACAUUCUUCAAGGCGAACAAAAUAUGUACUACGGUUUCCUUCUACCAUCAAUCGUAAGCUUGUUUGUUAAAAUUGAAAAGCUUAAAACCAAUAAGUUUAAAUAUGUGGAACCUAUUUUGAACGCUCUAACAGUAUCUUUAAACUCCAGAUUUGAAAAACUUCUUAAGUUGACUAACCAAUCUGCAAUAAUUGCUGCAGUUACUAAUCCUUUAUUUAAAACACGUUCUGCAUUUCGAGGAAUCAGGAAUAUCGAAAAUGACCUUAGUGAAAUUAAGGAUUUGGUAAUUACAGAAGCUAUAAAAAUUAUGAAGGAAAAUGAGGAACAAUUAAAACAAGUAUCUUAAAAGUAUCUAGAUACUUUUAAAAAGUAUCUUUUACAGCUCUGACUAAAAAGUUUUCUGAUUCGAAAGCCAAGUCCAAAAAAAUUAUAGGAUAAGGUGUACCUACUCACAAAAUGUAAAUUACUUAUUCAGAAGUAAAAAAAAUA